AGAAAAGUUCGUAUUUAGUACAUGUGAAUUCCGGGAUGACGGCCCCGUACUACGGCCUCUCGCCGUUCCAGCUCACAGAAGUAACCUCGUCAACACGCGAAGUCGUCCUUGCGGCGCGAGACCACCUCGUCUCCCAGCGCGAUACUCUCGAGCUCCAGAUCCUCAGCGCAAAUGCCCUUCUCAACUCGACAAGCCCGGUUAACCGCCUACCCACCGAGAUCCUGAUUAACAUCUUCCGCGACCUCAAAGAGGGACGCACAGAAUCCGGAACUCAGCCGUGGUACAAUGUGGCUGCCGUCUGUCGCUCCUGGCGCGCCAUCGCUUCUUCGACUCCUCUGCUUUGGAACGAUAUUCAUGUUGGCCCCGACAUGAACGCCGUGCUCUUCCAGGCGUUCCUCGAACGAUCCCUUCCCUUCCCCAUCGCCGUUUCGUUCGCUAGCUCCACCAAGCUUGCAGUGUACCUUGCGCUCAUACGCGCCCACCUCUCGCGCGUGCGUGUUCUCCGAUUCAUCUCCACGCCUCGUUCGGAGGCCGACCUGGUCGCGGAUCUCUUGAAUGAGAGCAUGCCUACGCUCGAGAAGCUCACAGUCUGGCUUAACCCGUCCUUGAACGAAGAUGGAGACGAGGAUGACGACAUGGACGCAUCCCAAGAAGAGGAGGUUUUCGCUUGGCGCCCCGAGGAACAGAAACUACCCCAUCUCGUCGAUCUCUCUCUACGCGGGAUCGUUCUUAGGUUCUCUGCCACCCUUGGCACGUCACUGAGGCGACUGGAGUUACGCGACUGUAUCGGCCUUGCGGCGUCUCUCGCUGUGCUGAACGACGUCUUGCGUAGAUGCGAUAAGUUGGAGAAGCUUCUCAUUAGUCGGUACAGGUGCAACGAUGAACGGCUGGGCCCGGGGCCGCGCAUAUCACUCCCCCAAACCCUGCGAACUCUCGUCCUCGUGGACUCUCACUGGUACACUGCAUACGUGCUCGACACCUUCUAUGUUCCCCCCACGGUUCAAAUUUCAAUAACCAAAGUCGUCGAAAACGAACAGGAAGACCGGCUGGACGGCCCAAUCAGCGAAUGCAUUCCCGAAGACAGGACAUGUCUACCCAUUCUCGCCAUGGUGGACCGCGUGCACGUCGAGCUGCAGCGUGCUGACGGGGUGUGCACCGUCAUCGGCGCAGUCGGUGCCCACAAGAUCACGAUCGAUACCAUUGCUAUGCAUGUUGAAGACACCGUCGUGCCAGACAUCGCGCGGGACCUUCCAAUGCUCUUCGGCGACGCCCCACUCGUCGAGCUCAUCAUCAACUGUGUAGGGGAACACUAUAUCACCAUGAUGGACUGGAUUCAUAUGCUCAAACGCUUCCCGCUCAUCCAACGUCUCUCUGUGAUUGGGGGAUCACUUAGCCAGUCUGAACACCAGCCGCGCUACACUCUCGUCGCCGCUUUGCAGGGCCCUCGCAACGUGCUAUGCCCGAACUUACGCGAGCUGGCGUUAGUCUCGCGCCAUCCAGAGGAGGACAAGUUGUUGCAGAACCUCACAGCAUGCCUCGAGCGCAGAGAAGCACGAGGCCAGCGCUUGGCAGUCCUUCGGUUCGGCCUCAUCUGUGGGACAGCGGGAUGUCUUGGGGCGGAUGAAAAGGCUGAACUCGAGCAACGGGAGGUGCGGCGCAUAGAAGUCCUCUCCCACCUUGCGGAUAAGGUGGAAUUCGCAUCCAACGCGGUCAAGUUGUUCGAUAACUCCCCGUAUGAAGAGAUCUUCCAGAUGACAUCUGCGGAAGGGGGUUCAGAGAUGGGAGGGGUGAAUGAGCACUAAGCACUUUCCUGUCCGCUGACUAUAAACCCCUCGUACCGGGAACUGCGUCGGCCCAUCUGAAUAUUGGCAUCCCUGCUGUUCUACGCCCAUCCUGUUGUAGUUCUGCAAGUAUACUAAAAUCCCCCGUCGGUGGCCAUCAGCUUAUUUGCAGUCCGCGAACGUCCCAAUUCCUCAUGCAUCACGAAUCCGAUGUAUUGCACUCCACCUCUGCCCCUCGGCUCCUAACGCUCAUUUAGAAAAACUCUGUUUAGCGGCGCCAGAUCAGACGCCGUGCAUUCCC